GAAUUUCUCGCGUACUCGGCCAAGCGACGGCCCGGGAAAUCUCUGGCGCGCCUUUCCGUUUCCCGCGUCAUGGGAAUUUGGGAUUAGGGUUAGUUUCCUUCCUGCCUUUCAACUCGAUUCGAUUCCUCUCCUCUCUUAUUCGCAAGCUGCCGUAGAAGGCAUUUACAGAGGACGGACGGCGGAAGGCGGCCGGGGGCACCGGCAGCGUCUCACGAGCAUGGAGCCAUUGAGCAUGGCGUGGUGUGAUGGAUUGGAGGAACCGCGUCUCCUUAUCAGUCCUCAGAAGGAUACAACUACAAAUGUAAAUGCAGAAGGAUGUAUCCUAUCUUUACGCCAUCCAAAAUCAGGAAAACCAACAAAUUAUGUCUUCUCAGCUGGAAAAUUGCAGGAACUUCAUUGGUUUAAGCAGUCUUGUGGAUCUUGGUUCCUAGGGGACUAUGUAUGUGAAGAUGGCAGCUUGUAUAUUGCCACGCCUAUUGACCCUAUUUUCAUCCUCUUGCCAGUUUUUGAGGCUGCCCGUAUGACGAUACAGAAGAGGAAUGAUCAAGGAAUGUUUAGGCAGUUAGAUGAAAUCUUAUAUGUUGAUGGUUAUCCAGGCUAUCAGCACCUGAUGUCUGUAGCAGAAGAUUCUAUGCAGCUAGUUUGUGAAGUGAAAGAGAUUGGAUCUUCAAAGUUUUUCAGGCUUAAUGAUUCUAAGUUGAUAGCUUGGUUGUAUCAUAAGGUUCAACACCUAAAAGCAACAUUACCAAAACUAGACAAAAAUUAUGCUGUUCAAGAAGAAAAGGAUACAUUAAAGGACAUUGUCUCAAUAUUGGGCGAAUAUUUAAAAGAUGAGCCUUGGUUGACACGCUUGUGUAGCCAUUUACAGUUGGAUGUACAAGAAAUGCAUACCAAAAUACUAAAGAGUGAAACAGGUUCAACUUUUAUAGAGAACACUCCAGCAUCUUCUUGUCCGGUACAGGUUUUGAGUUAUUAUGUUUGAAAUUUAUCUUUCCAGGGUAAAGUUGGAAAUAGAACGAGCAAAUUAAGCAAUGGAAGACAAUCAAAGAAGCUGAAGGCUCCAACUGAUUCACAAAACAUAAAGGACAUGUUCUACAGGGCCACAAGAAAGGGAACCUAAGUGAACCUAGAUGAAGAGGUAAUCUAGUGUUGAUCCCAUAACAAAAAGAUUGUAUCCUAAAUCUUGUGACGGCAUAUGGAUCUCAGAUGUUCCAUGUUGAACCUUGUCUAGGUAUGGUACAUCCUAACCAUGUCUUGGUAUGAAACCUUGUUCCCGGCUAGAGUUGGAUGCACAUUAGGGCAUGUAUUUCAUUUGGAACUUGCACUGAGCUGUGCGAUUAAGGCCUACAACCAGGAUCCGGCUUGACAAAUAUUUGGUUUGAGGAGCUCCUCUGAAGAAACUGUCCCAUGAAUUGGACAGCAGACAGUUAAAGUCCUGCUGGAAAUUACAUGAUCUUGGAUCAACCAAUUUAACAAUGGAAGAUAAAUUUUGGAAAAUUUCUAAAAGCAUGACACCUAGGAGCUAGACUUGCAGUUAAUGCCUACGAGAAUUACUCAUUUAUCUAGGGUUAUCCGUCUGAAAGUAAUUUCUUUAUUCAUUAUAACUGUAACCUCGAACAACCGUUAACACUUCAAUCAACGAUCUUUGGAUCA